CACGGAUUUGUGCACGGAGCCCGUUAUUUCUGUCAAACAAUAAACAAGCGGUAUAGAUGAAUGUUACAUCACAGGCGGCAAAAUUCGCCGAUUUACCACAAUUGAUCAACCAGGCUUACAAAACAAAAUAAUAACAUUAAAUAAUGAAAACAAAGGACUACAGGAAGACGCGUGCUGCUGAAAGUUUCAUCGAUCCGCGCGCUCACUGCGCGAGAUGCUGAGUUCGGGGGGUCUCGCGCGCGGAAGGUGUCACGAGCAGCGGCGCGAGCUCUCCUUUAACGGUUUCUUUCUUUGCCUUUUCAACGGUUGUACUUUACUUUUCUGUGAUGAACGGAGUUCAAACCGGAGCUGAAAUCUGAAAUGUAAGCCUGUUUACCGGAAUUCCAAGAUGUGGAAAGCGCAAUGACAGCUCGGUGCGUGCUGCCGUUACUCGAGGAGGUGUCAACCGUCUCAUGUCUGAGGUCAUUACAUUGCUGAAUUUGCGGCGCAGCCCACAGAUGCAUUAGAAAAUCAGACACCAUCUAGAAGACCAGAAGGCUUGGAGCCUGUGCACUCCUGUUCAUGGAGGGCCGCUGGACCCUUCUGUUGCUGCUGGGAGCGUUUUCGAUUUUCAAGAAUGCUGAGGUCCACGCAACUGCUGACCGAGGCAUCUACACCAACACGUGGGCCGUCCACAUCGUAGGGGGAGCAGAGGAGGCAGACAGAAUUGCACACAAACAUGGUUUCAUCAGUCAUGGGAGGGUGUUCGGGGACUACUAUCAUUUCCAGCAUAGGGGUGUGGCGAAGAGAUCUUUGUCUGGCCAUCAUGGAGUUCAUGUUCGACUACACACUGAGCCGCAGGUGAUUUGGGCUGAGCAGCAGAUUGCCAAACAAAGACGCAGAAGAGACAUUAAUAUCGAACCCACAGAUCCAAAAUUCCCUCAGCAGUGGUACCUGAACAAUCCCAGUCAUGGAGACCUAAAUGUGAAGGAGGCCUGGGCUCAGGGCUUCACCGGUAGAGGAGUGGUCGUGACCAUUCUGGAUGACGGCAUCGAGAAAGAUCACCCUGAUCUCGCCGGAAACUACGAUCCAGACGCCAGUUAUGACGUAAAUGACAGAGAUCCAGACCCUCAGCCCAGAUACACACAGCUGAAUGACAAUAGGCACGGGACUCGUUGCGCCGGAGAGGUCGCAGCGGCAGCAAACAAUGGCGUUUGUGGAGUGGGUGUAGCCUACAAUGCCAAAAUCGGAGGUGUGCGGAUGUUGGACGGAGAGGUAACAGAUGUUGUGGAGGCUCAGUCUCUGAGCUUGAACUCCCAGCACAUCCACAUUUACAGCGCCAGCUGGGGCCCAGAAGAUGAUGGGAAGACGGUGGACGGCCCUGCCAAGCUGGCCAAAGAGGCUUUCCUGCAGGGGGUCACCGAAGGUCGGGGCGGGCUGGGCUCCAUCUUCGUGUGGGCAUCGGGUAACGGAGGCCGUGAGAGAGACAGCUGCAACUGUGACGGAUACACCAACAGCAUCUACACCCUCUCCAUUAGCAGCACCACACAGUACGGUAACGUACCGUGGUACAGCGAGGCAUGUUCGUCCACUCUUGCCACAACCUACAGCAGCGGAAACCUCAAUGAGAAACAGAUUGUGACAACAGACCUCAGGAAGAAGUGUACAGACUCUCACACGGGCACGUCCGCCUCAGCUCCCCUGGCUGCCGGAAUCAUCGCUCUCGCUCUGGAGGCCAACAUGAAUCUGACCUGGAGAGAUAUGCAGCAUCUGGUGGUGAGAACUUCACGUCCCGCCCACCUAAUAACUAAUGACUGGAGGACCAAUGGUGUGGGGCGCUUGGUGAGCCAUUCUUAUGGCUAUGGUCUGCUGGAUGCCAGCGCAAUCGUUACAUCGGCCCAGAAUUGGAGUAGCGUGGGGCCGCAGCACAAAUGUGUCAUUGAUAUGCUAACUGAGCCCAGGGAUAUUAAAAACCACCUGAUCUUCAGCAGAUCUGUGGAUGCCUGCUCUGGGCAGCUGGACUUUGUGAGCUCUCUCGAACACGUCCAGGCCAGACUCACGCUGUCUUAUAACCACAGGGGGAACCUGGCAAUUCACCUCAUCAGCCCACUGGGGACUCGUUCCACGCUGCUGGCUCCACGGCCUCAGGACAAUUCGGCUGAAGGCUUUAACGAUUGGGCGUUCAUGACCACACACUCCUGGGAUGAGGAUCCUCGGGGAGAGUGGACCGUGGAGAUCGAAAACGUCGUCGGACUUAAUGACUAUGGUGUUCUGUCUCAGUUUACACUCAUCCUGUAUGGGACCGGCUCUAGCGCCACAGAUCCAUUCGUUCCAGACUACACCCGACCAUCAAACAAUAGCUGCAAAACCUUUGACACUCAGCAGAUCUGCAUUGAAUGCAGCACGGGUUUCUCGCUUUACUUGCAAGGCUGCGUGAAGUCCUGCCCUCCCGGCUUCAGCUCCGGUCCGCAGGUCCUCAAUUUAUCUUUGGACAACUGGGUAGAGCACUCCACCGUGCAGGCCUGUCUGCCCUGUCACCCGGCCUGUCUGAUGUGCUCAGGGCCGGGAGAAGACGAAUGUCUUUCGUGCCCUCCACACAGUCACCUUGUUGUCACUUCUUGCAUGCACCAGAACCAGGUGCAGCGAAAAUCUCCCAGCAUUCCCGUGCUCCAUCACAGAGGAAAUAGCGAGGGGGAUUCAGGUUCAGAGGGGGGAUCGCUUGAGCCCAAACUGCCCUCGAAAUUGCCAGCGCUGGUGGCGGUGCUCAGCUGUGCCUUCAUCUUGGCUACUUUUGCAGCUGUUUUCGUUCUGUUGCAGCUGCACUCCGGAGUGGCCCGCGUCCCUUUUUGUAGGAGGACCAAACUGCCAGUGACAAACUCUAGGGGAGGAGGGAUACGAGUAGGGUUUGGCUUUGGACUGGGCCAAGGGAAGGUAUCAUAUCGAGGGAUCCCCACCGUGUGGGGGGACGACGAUGCAGCGGGUGGGAUGAACUCGGAGUCGGACAGCGAAGAGCUGGAGUAUCACAGCGAAAAGACUGCUUUUAUACGAACUCAGAGUGCUUUGUAGCAUCUCCUGCGCUUUUUAUACAUCUGUCUUCCUUUUGCUGGAAUACAGAACUAAUAGAGACUACUAUGAGAGUGUGUGCGUGUGUGAAAGAGAGAGAAAUCACCAUAAAUGAGCUAAAGAAGUGCUGGCGCACUUUGACUAAUUCGGCUUGUAUCUGAUUAAACACAGGACAGCUACGCUAAGUGAUUCCCUUUAUUUGACUCAUGUUUGUCUCCGUGUUAAGCAGGAUCAAUAAGAUCAGUUUGUGUGUUUCUGCGUAUGCAUGGUUUAUGCAAACCCAAACAUUUACUUUGUAACAAGAAUAAGGGCUGAAAAUUGUUCCAGUCAACUUUUUAUUAAACGUUUCAGACUGUUUUAUGUGCGAUUUUUUGUAUGCGCUUCAAUAAUAACACUACAUUUAGCUGACGCUUUUAUCCAAAGCGACUUACAAUUGCUGUAUAUGUCAGAGGUCGCACACCUCUGGAGCAACUAGGUGUUAAGUGUCUUGUUCAGGGACACAAUGAUGUGUCCUAAUGGAUUCGAACCUGGGUCUCUUACACCAAAUGCAAGUGUCUUAUCCACUGCGCCAUCACCACCCCUUUACCCAUAAAUGCAUUGCCUCUGCCAACACCAGCAUUUUUUAUGAUCUUUUCACAAAAGUUUAACGCUUUUCGGAACAUUUUCUUCUUUAAAUAUAUAAACAUACACUAUAUCAAAUGAAAGAACAGACCCUCUGUUAAAAAAAAUUCAUCCUAUCUUUAUUUGUUCUUUUCUUAUCACCUCUCAAAUAUUUCUUUAAAAAUACCAAAUUACUUUACAAUGUUGUAAAGGACUUUUGUAAGAGAUCAGAUUUAGAAUGAUCAAAACAUACACAGAGUUUGCACUGCUUUUGGAUCAGUGGAUGCAUCAGUGUUUUAUUA